CGGAGCGGGGCGGGGCGCGCGACUGCAGCGGGCGGCGAUGGCGGCGGACGGGGACUGGCAGGAUUUCUAUGAGUUCCAGGAGCCGGCCGGGACCCUCCACGACCAGGAGAACUGUAACGCGAGCCCCGAGGCCGGGGCAGGGCCCGGAGGAGCAGGCGACGGCUUUGCGGCGCUGGCCCGCAGCCUGGAGGAGAAGCUGAGCCUCUGUUUCCGCCCCUCGGGUCUGGGCGCCGAGCCCCCGAGAGCGGCCGUGCGGCCCAUCACCGAGGGCAGCCUGCUCCAGGGGGACGAGAUUUGGAAUGCCCUGACAGAUAACUACGGAAAUGUGAUGCCUGUGGACUGGAAGUCAUCCCACACCAGGACCUUGCACUUGCUUACUCUGAACCUCUCGGAAAAAGAGGUAAGUGACAGCUUGCUCUUCGAUACAUCAGACGAGGAGGAGUUGAGAGAACAGCUGGACAUGCACUCAAUCAUCGUCUCCUGUGUGAAUGAGGAGCCCCUCUUCACUGCAGAUCAGGUCAUUGAAGAAAUUGAAGAAAUGAUGCAGGAAUCGCCUGACCUGGAUGAUGAUGAAACGCCCACACAGUCAGAUCGACUUUCGAUGCUUUCCCAGGAAAUUCAAACUCUUAAGAGGUCUAGUACAAGCAGUUAUGAAGAGAGAGUAAAAAGGCUCUCAGUAUCUGAAUUAAAUGAACUCCUGGAAGAAAUUGAGACUGCCAUUAAGGAAUACUCUGAAGAGCUGGUGCAGCAGUUGGCCUUGCGAGAUGAACUAGAGUUUGAAAAGGAAGUGAAAAACAGCUUUAUUUCUGUUCUCAUCGAAGUGCAAAACAAACAGAAAGAGCACAAAGAAACAGCCAAAAAAAAAAAGAAACUCAAGAAUGGCAGCUCUCAGAAUGGGAAGAGCGAGAGAAGUCAUAUGCCGGGCACACGCUUCAGCAUGGAAGGGAUCUCAAAUGUCAUUCAGAAUGGCCUCCGCCACACCUUUGGAAAUUCAGGUGGAGAGAAACAGUACUUGACAACAGUUAUUCCUUAUGAGAAAAAAAAUGGACCACCAUCUGUUGAAGAUCUUCAAAUAUUAACAAAAAUUCUUCGUGCCAUGAAAGACGACAGUGAAAAAGUUCCAAGCUUGUUAACCGAUUAUAUACUGAAAGUUCUGUGCCCCACAUAGGGCAGCGUCACUUCAGGAGCAGUUCUGUCUUUCAUGGACUACGAGCUAGAUUUCCCACAGCAUUCCUCUGAACGCUGGCUACGUCGCCUUCCUGCUAUCGGGAACUCAGCACACUUGAACUUGGGUUUGUGAUUCAGUAUUAAUAGAUCAUGCCUUCACUAAUUCUUUUAUUACAGACCAAGAGGACUAUUUUGAAAUCGAGGGAUUUUUUUUGGUUAAAUACUAACACUUUUGAACUCUUCUCCAACUCUGUAGAGUCAGGUGGUGUGGUAUUAAUUAUGCAUGUGCAGUUAUGUUUU